AUGGAGGAUUUCCAUGUUGCUAAGUUUGUACAGUUUCAUGGUCGCGAGCUAGGACUAUUUGCUAUCUAUGAUGGGCAUUUGGGAGAUACUGUUCCGGCUUACUUACAGAAGCAUCUGUUUUCCAAUAUCUUGAAGGAGGAGGACUUUUGGACGGAUCCAAAUAGGUCUAUUGCUAAAGCCUAUGAAAAAACUGACGAGGCAAUUCUGUCACACAAUCCUGACUUGGGACGAGGUGGGUCCACUGCUGUUACGGCAAUUCUCAUAAAUUGUCGACAUCUAUGGGUAGCUAAUGUUGGAGAUUCACGGGCAGUCCUUUCCAGGAAGGGGCAGGCUGUACAGUUGACCAUUGAUCAUGAGCCGAACACCGAGCGAGGAAGCAUUGAAAACCGAGGUGGAUUUGUCUCUAACAUGCCAGGAGACGUUGCACGAGUAAAUGGACAAUUGGCUGUUUCUCGUGCUUUUGGAGACAAGAACCUUAAAUCUCACUUGCGGUCUGAUCCUGAUAUUACCAAUGCUGAUAUUGAUGCGGAUACUGAUCUCCUGAUCCUUGCUAGCGACGGUUUGUGGAAGGUAAUGUCCAAUCAAGAGGCAGUCGAUUCUGUAAGGACGAUCAAAGAUCCACAGAAGGCAGCCAAGCAACUCUCAACUGAAGCUUUGAAUCGGGAAAGUAAAGACGAUAUUUCCAUUGUUGUUGUCCGGUUUAAGGGGUAA